AUGUCUAGUAAUAAUAAUUCAAAUAAACGAGCUCAAUUGGCAGAUCCAGACCAAUUGGGCCUAAAUAUAACAUUAGAUGAUUAUUUUCAAAAACUAUUAUCAAGCAAGCAAAAGAAAAAACUUGAAAAAUUAUUUUUAAAA